ACACUGAAACUUGAAAGUUGAUUGGAAGUUCGAAAUUGGAAUGUUGGGAUUUGCGAAAGGGGAUUGGGAAAUAAUUAAUCCUUUUCAUGUGUUUAUAAUCUGUGAAAAUUAAUAUUUUACUUAAAAACAUAACUAUUUUUUAUACGUUCUUAAUAAUACAUAUUGUUUGCUAAAACUUUUAACAAAUAUGAUUGGAUUUUUCUUUUCAUAAUCGGUUGAGUAAAUAAAUGUAGUUCAAUCGUUUUAUAAAUAUUGAAAGAUGAAUACAACUCCUAUAACUAAUACCGGCCAGGAGACAACUACUAAAUCUAUGGGUACCACAGCAACAUUGGACUUAACCCAAGAAAAUGUAGGUGAGAAUAAAAAUGAUAUUGAUGGUAAUAUGAAGAAUAGUAACAUAACAACCCCAAACUGUAAAAGUGAUGAUGCUGCAUCAGGAAGCCACACUUCAUCCCAAACAAGAAUUAUAGGUGAAGUAGCCUUGACACCUACAAAUAGGUCCUUUACUCCGCAAAUAGUCAAUCCACAUGCAUCUAUGACUGCAAUAACCCCUAUGGCAAGUGCUGCAAGUCAAGUAAAAAGCAGUGUUAAGUUACAAAAUUGUGUGUCUACAGUUAGUUUAGGAUGUGAACUAAAUUUAUUGGAUAUUUAUUGUCGAACAAGAUAUUCAGAAUAUAACCCAGCAAGAUUUCAUGGAGUUGUAAUGAAAAUAUUGGAACCUAGAGCAACAGCAUUAGUUUUUAGAUCAGGAAAAAUUGUGUGUACAGGAGCAAGGAAUGAGCAUGAUGCAUAUAUAUCUGCUAGAAAGUUUGCAAGAAUUAUACAGAAGUUAGGAUUUCCGGCAAAAUUUUUGAAUUACAAAGUACAAAAUUUCAUAGCUACUGCUGAUUUAAGAUUUCCAAUAAGAUUAGAGGCACUUCAACAAGCACAUGGACAAUUUGCUUCAUAUGAACCAGAACUAUUUCCUGGACUUGUAUAUAGGAUGGUACGGCCAAGAGUGGUUCUCUUAAUAUUUGUUAAUGGAAAAAUGGUCAUAACAGGUGGCAAAUCGCGAGGUGAAAUAAAUGAUUCCUUAGACAUCAUAUAUCCAAUUUUAAGAAGUUACAGAAAGAAUUAACAAAGUACGAUAUGGGAAGUCGAACAUUUACAAUAUAAUGAAUUCCAAGGAUAUUUACUAUUAGAUAUAGGUCAUAAAUGAUUAACAUUAUUAUUAUAAAUUAUUAUGUUUAUGAU